AUGCAGGGGCCCUGCGUGCUGCUGCUGCUGCUGGGCCUGAGGCCGUGGCUGGCCCUUGGCGUCAUCCCAGCUGAGGAGGAGGACCCAGCCUUCUGGAACCGCCAGGCGGCCCAGGCCCUGGACACUGCGAAGAAGCUGCAGCCCAUCCAGACGGCUGCUAAGAACCUCAUUCUCUUCUUGGGGGACGGGAUGGGGGUGCCCACAGUGACAGCCACUCGGAUCCUAAAGGGGCAAAUUAAUAACCAUCUGGGACCUGAGACACCCCUGGCCAUGGACCACUUUCCGUACCUGGCUCUGUCCAAGACAUACAACGUGGACAGACAGGUGCCAGACAGCGCAGGCACAGCCACGGCCUACCUGUGCGGCGUCAAGGCCAACUACCAGACCAUCGGCGUGAGCGCAGCCGCCCGCUUGAACCAGUGUAACACGACGCGUGGCAAUGAGGUCACUUCCGUGAUGAACCGGGCCAAGAAAGCAGGGAAGUCGGUGGGGGUGGUGACCACUACGAGAGUGCAGCAUGCCUCGCCAGCAGGCUCCUACGCACACGUAGUGAACCGCAACUGGUACUCGGACGCCGACAUGCCUGCCAAGGCGCGGGAGGAGGGAUGCCAGGACAUCGCCCAGCAGCUCAUCUCCAACAUGGACAUUGAUGUGAUCCUGGGCGGAGGCCGAAAGUACAUGUUCCCCAAGGGGACUCCAGACCCUGAGUAUCCAACUGACGCCAAACAGAACGGAGUCAGGUUGGAUGGGCGGAACUUGGUGCACGAGUGGCAGGACAAGUACCAGGGUGCCCGGUAUGUGUGGAAUCGCAAGGCGCUCAUGGAAGCAUUCCAGGACCCCUCUGUAACACACCUCAUGGGCCUCUUUGAGCCAGGAGACACCAAAUACGAGUUCCACCGAAACCAGGCCCAGGACCCGUCCCUGAUGGAGAUGACAGAGGUGGCCGUGCGCGUGCUGAGCAGGAACCCCCGUGGCUUCUACCUCUUCGUGGAGGGAGGCCGCAUCGACCACGGUCAUCACGACGGCACGGCUUAUCUGGCACUGACCGAGGCCGUCAUGUUCGAUUCUGCCAUCGACAAGGCCAGCCAGAUCACAAGCGAGAAUGACACCCUGACCCUUGUCACCGCUGACCACUCUCACGUCUUCUCUUUUGGUGGCUACACACUGCGAGGGAGCUCCAUUUUCGGGCUGGCCCCCAGCAUAGCCCAAGACAACAAGACCUACACCUCCAUCCUUUACGGCAACGGCCCCGGCGCCAGCUUCGCGCUCACCGGGAACUCCCGGCCCAACGUCAACCACAGCCAGAGCA